GGACUUCAAAAAUCAAGCUGUUUUGAAGCUCCUGGAUUUUUGGACGAGAUCUCUGACGUGAGAGAGUUGCGGGAAGACUACUCCGUAAUAAUAUGUUCUCCGGCUCGUACCCGCAACUUCAAGUCUCAAUAGCGCCAAGGACCCGCCAGAGCUUUUCCAACCAGCCUCAUCAAGCUACCUCGACACCAUGUCCGAGUCGUUCAGCUGGACCCUACUGUUCAAAAAACACAGAACGACCGUGCUUUUGAUGCUUCCGCCUUCCGAGACUAUCCCCAGUGCCAAAUCUGCGCUCCUCAAAGCCCUUCAAGCGCGCGGCUUGAAUGAUAUCAAUGGCGACCCGGUCCCCGAAGAUCCUGCCGAGAUCGAACUUGGAGUUGCAGUUGAUAAGAAUGACUUGGAGAAAGGAUGGAUAAGCCUCGAAGCACUAGAGUUCGAUGAUGAGGCACCCAAGCGAGGGGGGACUAAAUCUACAUCUCAAAGCCUGAAAGCUGCAGAACUUAAUAACGGGCAGGCAGUCGCCUUUAGGUUUCGAAAGCCAGGAAAAGAGGGCUCUACCGAUCUCGACUUAGAGGAUCCUGGCUGGGAUGUCGUUGUACCGAGCCUUGAUGACGAAGAAGAGAUAGUAUAACGAGUUGACUGCUGAUAUCCUUAUGCUGUCCCUUAUUUUGCUUCGGAUUUCGUGUUGUCUUGUUCUUUGGCGCAAGGGUUUGUAUAGAGUUUACUGGAAGGAGUUCGCGGUGCUUCUUAUAACUGGAAGAAAGUUCUCUGGCCGGGAAAGUUUUUUCUGCCGGAGCAUGGUUUACAUUCACCCGGAGAUAUAAAAAUAGCAAAUUUAAUGAUGGAGCAGCAUUUGAAGUGUACACUGUACACCGCUCGAGAUUGACUUGUGCUCCGUCAGUAAUGCUAUCAUCGGUGCUCAGUUUGCUCUGUUUCUUUUUGGCCUUUGUUGUCAUGACUGCCGUGAUCCAAUAGCAUUGCUCCUUUAAAUAAGAAUGCGAGGAGCACGAAGAAGCAUGCCCCUAACGUGGC